AUGUCAUCGGGCAGCUUGGAAGAACCAAUGCUCUCUAGGCUCAGUCGCCUUGACCACAUCCUGAAGCAAUUGGAGGACAUAAGGAGCGGGAGCCACUCGCCGAAGAGUUCGUACGCGUCGACCACUUCAAGUGGGACGCUCACGAGCGAAGGCCACCCGGCGUCUUUUGCUGAAGUGUCGCCCGAAGGCCUCGAGAAGCACUGCCGGCCGGUCGAGGAGGUGAUGCUGGAGGUCGAGCGGAAGGGCACGCUGAUCGAUCGGCUGGUCCGUGCCGAGGAUCGAAUUUUGAAGCUGUGUAUGCAGUUGGAAGAAGAGUUUGAGGGAGAGAGGGGAGAAGAGGAAAAUGGGAUGGCGGAGAAGAAGAAGAAGUCGACUACUCCUAAGAAGGGACUAAAGCAGUUGGUUAAAUCAUGUGUCACGAGGAAGAAGAAGAAGCACAACAACACUGUCUGA